AUGACCAUUCCGAAUGAACCCAGUGGUCUCAAACCUCGACCUGAAGAUGAGAAAUAUUUAGAGCCCACAUAUCUUAUCAAUCAAUGGUAUCGAUACUCACGAACUGGUGACUGUCACAACGAUAGCUGGGCAAGAAGUAUCCUGCCACGUCACUUUUAUUCCCGAAUGGACAAAGCUAGUAAACUUCAUCUUUUACAUAUUCAAGGAUGUGAUUAUUACUUUGAGUCGCGUAAGCUGCCAGCUACCGAGAGGAGGAGAAUGCGAUUAUCCGAUAUAUUCCAUUUGUCCUUUGGAGCAAUGUACGAUGUUAUCUCCCAGCCUCCGUAUUCCGAUCUGUGGGGGAACUAUACGGAACAAGAGCAGGAAUUGAUCGUUAAAUGGGAGAUACAGGCCAAAUGGCAGUCUUGGAUUACGCAGGUAGAAUGGGAGAAUGGUGACUCUCAACGACGUAUCGAAAGUUCACAGUGUGGGGAGAUCAUCCAAAUGAUAGAGUUGGGAAUACAAGAAGCUCUGAAUGUUAUUGGCAGCCAGAGAACUGCUCAGUGGCUUGAAGACUGGUUGGAUAUAUUUUUGUAUAAUACGAGCCUUGAGGAUGACGUCUUUCUAGGCGCGCGCACAUGGUCAUAUCUGAACUCUUGCGGAAAUGCUUCUAUUGCACCGGGCUGCGCCCUCUCCCUAAGCGGAUGGCAACAACAAAUCAAUAAUUUUCGUUUUCGUCACGCCCUAGACAUCAAGUUGGAAGAUGCUAUCACUUGUUUUUCAUAUGGGGCAGACAUUCUAGAGCUCCGUCUCCAUCGCUUUGCUCAGGAGGGUGGCCCUACCAAUUUCAACCGCACUCUGAAUUACAUAAGGCGCCUCAUCUUUACGAUCUCUCUCUGUGUUGAUCACCAAAUCGACCUUCUGUUUCGAUAUAAUGUUGAGAAUAAUGAAGUUGUUCCCGUCAUGGGUAUCAAGGACAGGCAAUCAGUACAAAAGUUUCUACUCCAGCAGGUGAAAGAUUGUCGACACCCUAGAAGCAGAGAAAUUCUGAGCUUUUGGUACAAUGCCAAGUUUGUCCCUUAUGUCAAGUGGAAUUUAAUUUGUGUCGGAUACCUUUGGGCUGCUCUAACCACCACUACGCUCUUGUCGCCCACGAAAUUUAUUCUCUGCUUUAAUGAGCAGGGACCAAUGAGGGUACUAGAUCAAGUCACCGAGGUGUCGCAGGAUAUAGAAGCGUUUUUGGUUGGUUUGAACGUUCUCCUACAAGACAUAAAGAUCAAAAAGAAGUCUAAGAAGAAAGGACGGAAAGGGGGUUCGAAGCAUCUUGCAACUAGCGAACCUGUGGCCAAAGAAACUGAGCAGUGUAACGACGAAGAAAUUCAGGUUCAUUCCGAAAUUCCAUCUCCAAAUCCGGGAGAAGAAAUCCGGAACAAUAUGUCUGGAACCCUUGUGAAUGACGUACAUAAACCAGCAGACUUGGAAAUAAAUAACCUUUUAUCGAGUGUCCGAAACGCCCUGGAGGUUAAGACCGGAGAAAUAAGUAAAACAAUGGCGCUUUCGAGUGCGGAUAAUUCAAGAGAAUCAAAACCGACUUCCAACGCCGACCAGAAACAAGACGAAGACAUAGAAAAGAAAAAUGGCGAUCGGGCAAAGUUCAACUGUAAGACAGGAGAUGUAGGGCCGUCUCAUAUUUUGACGGAAAUCAGUAACAAAGACGAGAAGACAUCAAAUCAGCCCGCUACUGCGAAGGUGGUCGACCAAUUAUCUAUCCCUCCUCGCCUUGAAAGCAUUCCCGAAAAGGUGAUAAUUAGGACCGGAAUCCCUGGGGCCGGAAAGCUCGAUCAUGAUACACCAAUCCUAUUAAAGACGGGCGGUGUAUGUUUAGGGUCAGGAAUGAUUGAUGCAAUGCUUACUGAGACGGAACAAAUAUCAACAAAAGUAUCCAAGGUAGAUAUUUACCCGAUAUCAAAUACCCGAAAGAUGGGUAAGAUAUCGGCAUUGUCUACUACGUUUGGAAGGAAUGCAAAACGCAAAGUUGAUUCCAUCGCGACUGAAACUCAAAUAGCAGUACUAGAACGGAAUGACUUCGACGAAAUCGGGUAUGGAGAGAAAGUUCUGUCGCUGCAUUCGCGGCCGGAAGAGAAAGACUGCGUGGACGAUUCAUUCUCCACCCGCUGGGAUGAGCUAGAGAAAGAGCUUAUUCUGAAGCAACAGGAAGAAGAGAGGGCCUUGGGUAUGGAACGGCCAAAAGGAGAUGCUAAAGAACAGAAACAGCGUGUAAAUUCUCUGGCUGAAAGAACAAACGGGAAAUCUAAUGCUUCAACAGCCGUGGGCGUUACCGCAGUAAUGACCGAUUGCUCUCCUAGACUUAGAACACCAACAAAGUAUCCCCAAGAAAGGAAGCAGGCAUCGACACCAACAAGGCACCCUAAAGAAAGAAAGCAAGCAUCCACACCAACCAGGUAUCCUACUAGAGAGAGGAAGCAAGCAUCGGCAGAAUUUCAGCACAGGACAGGGAGUCAGAAGAAAAUUUCAAUAACGAAUACCAUGCCUGAUACCUCUCCCCUUGAUGCAAAAAAUAACGAAAAACGAUUUCUUAAGUUUAAGGGCCGUAAGUUGUUUCACACGACAGGUACGCCAGAGCAGAAGGUCGACAUCGAUGGGUUGGGCAAAGCCCUAUCUCCUUUCAGGAAGAAAGAUGAAAGAGCUCUAGGGAAAUUGAAGUCACCACAGCGGUCGGCAGGAACACCAGUAAAGGGGAAAGAACUUGAUACUGUCUUUAUUGCAUCUCCUACUUGGCCUCGCCAAGUCUUAUUUCCUAAGAAGAGUGAGGAAACUGAGCGUGAUCUGGGGAAAUCGCCAACGGGAUCGCGUCCAACGCACAUGAAAGAAGAAGAGGAUCAAUGGGAAAUAUUAUCGGACUUCGAGGACUCAUAUUCUACUGAAAGUGGUUGGAAGCUGGUAACAAGGCCAGAUAAACGGAAGACUAAGGACAAGUCUUCGAAAAACGUCAUGCCCCAGGAGGAUAAUAAACCUUCUCAGAAUAUCAAACCUUCUGAGAAUUCAAAGAUUUCUGAGAAACCAAAGCCUCCGGAAAAUACAAAGCUUUCUGAUUAUAUCAAGCCUCCAGAAAACACAAAGCAUUCUAAGAAGACCAGGCCUUCUGUGACUUCCAAGCUUUCUGAGAAACCCAAGCCUUCUGAGAAUCCCAAUCUUUCCGAGAAGCCUCAGCCUUCCGAGAAUCCAAAGCUUUCGGAGAAACCCAAGCCUUCUGAGAAUCCUAAGCUUUCGGAGAAGCCUAAGUCUUCUGAGAAUCCAAAGCUUUCGGAGAAACCCAAGCCUUCUGAGAAUCCUAAGCUUUCGGAGAAGCCUAAGCCUUCUGAGACUCCCAAGCUUUCUGAUGAGCCUAAGCCUCCAGAAAAUACAUUACGGACCUCAAAAUCAUUUGAGACGACACAGAAACUUGAGGAGCGAAGGUCUAAUCAACCUCUGAGAGUUGAGGUAAAGCAGGAGGCGAAGGAGACAAUUUUGAGGAAUGACAUAACUAAAGAAAAUAUUCCAGAUUCUGUUACCAAAGAGUCUAGUGGAUCCAAGAAGUCGCCCUUGUCUGAAGUACGGAGUUUAGAAAAGCAGGCUAAGAGGCAAGAAAUGCCCCCCAGGCAGACAAACUCACAAGUUCUUGAAAAGAAGGAUUGGGCUUCUAUCAUUUCAAACUACGAAGCUGGGGGUAGAUUAGGGGCAAAGGAGAUACAAACUAAAGCACCUAAGAAGGCAACAAGUGUCCAAGCCCAAGUUAUAGAAAACAUAAAGCAACCGGAGGCAGAAAAAUCACAAAUAUUAUCUAUUAUAAUACCAAAGGGCAGCAAGAUAUUUUCAAGUAUAACUAAAUCCACUAUAGACGGUGAGGGGAAAACGGAAACAGGGCCUGAAAAAACUCUUUGGAGGUGCCCCCCGCUUAUCAAAUCCACUACGCCAAUUCACGUCGAACCCGUUCAAUCCAAACCUACAGAAGCCAAAGAAGUCAACCCGCUAGAUACUAUAUACCCCACUCCAAAGAGCGAAGGGAUAAGGGAAAAGGGUCCUGAGAAGAACGUCUGGGGCUGGCCUCCCCUAGCAAAGAAAUCUAUAACCCCAAUCCCCCCCGAGCCAGUACAACACAAAGGUACAGACGCAAGAGAAGCUAACCCGCUAGACAAUACAUACGCGACAACUCUAAAGAGCAAAGUAAAAAGGGAAAUAGGACCUGAGAAGAACGUCUGGAGCUGGCCUCCCCUAGUAAAGAAAUCUACAACCCCGAUUCCCCCCGGGCCAGUUCAACACAAAGGUACAGACCCCAAAGGAGUCAAGCCGCUAGACAAUACAUUUCAGCGACAGUUAAAUACUGUUGGUGCGGAAGGUGACAUCACAAAGACGCAUAGAACGCCCUCAGAAGAACAGCAGCAAGAGUCAAAACACAGCAUGGGACUCUUUGAAAAUCGAUCGAAACAUGAGAAUACAUUGCGCACAAGGGACAACCAAGUCAAAUCCAAUACCGAUACACCAACCGGGCAGAAAACGCAGCAAGUACAAACGCAGUCUGCAGAUAUAUCCAGGAAAUAUCAAACGCUCCAGGAAAGAGGCGGUGAUCUAAUUAAGGUAAAAGGCAAUAUGGUCACUCCGGGACAUCUACAAGCGAGAAUAGGGGAUAGGAACAAUGCCUCGAAAGCACAGGUAACCGUUGAAUCUCUCGUAGAGAGCGUUUUUGACCCAAAGAACGCUGUUUGGGUCCAAAAAGGUCUCGAUUUGCAAUUGCUAAAUCCUAAGAAAGAAAGAACGGAACAUAUUUCUGCAAAGCAAAAACCCCACAAAUUUCCAACCAUCGGAAAAGUAGUUAAACAUGAAGCAAUAAUCGAGAAAUUAAAAAGAGAGAUACUGGAAAAAGAGCAAGAAUCGGUUUCUUUACGGGUACAAUUGGCACUGAACGAAGAAUUAAUCCGAAAAGACAAAAAAAUUCAAAUAUUGGAGCAAGAGAUAUCUGGGAGGGACGCAAUUCUCUCGUUGUGCCAUGCCAGGAUUAGAGAUCUGCUACAAGAUAGGAUUGGACUGGUCGCGGAGGCUACAGGAUUGCGUUGUUUUAUUGAUGUUCUUACUCAUGGAACUGCAGCAGAUCGUGCAAGAGCUAUGCUAGACGGUCAUAUGUCUAUACAACGUCCACUUUUGAGGUCCGCCUAUGUGAACUCGCUAGGUCAAUUCAUUGAAAAUCGACCUGUAUUGCGGAGUCCCCCCAGCUCCAAUCGUCCUUACACAAACACCGAACACGAUAUUGUUGCUAUAUUAGACGGGAUCAAUCCAAAACUAGACCAACAACCAUUGAUGGACAUUGAUAACGCUCCCAACAUAGUUCACAUGUAUCCUACCACGGAUCAGAGAAACCUCAACUUGCCUACGCUUGAUCUGGCACCGCCUGGUCCCCCGGACGUAGGCCAACAAGUUGGAAGCACUGUAAAUCAGCCAACACCUCCCUACGAACUGCAAUUACCGCCGCCUUUACUAGGAAUGCCUCCCGGGGGUAUUCAAGAUCCCAAUUUUCCGUAUGUUUCGGUUGACACAUACCCACUCCACUCCGGAAAUGGCCCCAAAACAUUUUUGCCAUCCGCUCCACUACUUCCUCGAAGACAGGUGGGGGGCUUUGCUCCACGAGAGGAGAAACCAAAGUACCAUAUGCCAACCCAAAAACGUAAUACGGUCUCCUGCUAUUCAUCGCAGAAACUCUUUGCCACUCAGAAAUAUACGCAGUUCUUCGAACCCAGUUCCUCCUAA